AUGAGAGGAAAACCCCCUGGGCCAAAGGCCAUCUUGGUUCGGUCUCCCAUCUACAUUGUUAAGGUUUCGGGUUGGAUUCUAAUCCUUAUCGCCACGGCAGUUAUCAUCGCUCGCUUAAACCUCCGCCUCAACAUUCAACAUCGAAGAAUAUUGAUCAGUGAUGUUCUGAUGUGCGGUGCUUGGCUUUCUGCUGUCUGCCUUAAUUCUAUGAAUAUUGUGCUUACUCGACAUGGUGCACUUGAGCCGCAAGUGAAGACGACCAUGGAGGGUUUUACCGGAGAUGCCGAAGAACUAUCCUUCGUUUUGGAGAUGUUCUGGUUCAUAAGCAUCCCCUUUUACAUGACCCUAUACUUCUCUAAAGCUGCACUACUGUCCAUGUACUUGCAAAUAUUCCCCAAUUUUAUGCGAAAGCGGAGAAUGUUCCUUUGGGCAACGAUUAUCUACGUUGCUCUAUCCUUUGCAGCCAGCAUCCUUCUGUUUUGUCUCAUCUGCUUACCAAUUGAGACCAACUGGGACCUUUCAACUCAAUCAACCUGUCCAGUCAGUUUGGGUAACGUGGUAUUCAUAACGAACUGGACAUUGCACAUCACUGGAGACCUGUUAGUCUUCUCUUUACCCUGGCUCAUAAUUCCAGGGUUGAAUAUGAAGAGGUCGCUAAAGGUUGGAGUUUAUUCAACAUUCCUCUUGGGCAUCAUAAAUAUUAUAUUCGAUACUAUCCGAUUUGCGACAAUUAAAGCUUCAGCAAUUGACACUCAGAUUUCCAUCAGCACAAUUGGACUACUCAUCGGUUUAGUAGUGAAACAUCCCAAAACACUAAAAUGCUAA